AUGGCCUCUCUAGAACCGGUGGUGCCCGAAAAGCUCAGCCAGGAUACGCCCGAGAUACUCGACAUUCCUGAACUUGUACAAGACGGUGGUGAUGGCACGCGCGACACAUCAGCCACACAGCGUGGACUAUCGCGUAUACUGGAAAGAAUGAAGAAGAGCACCACUGGGUCGCAAGCUCCUCCGCCGAUGGGAGAUAUGGACGACGCUACAUUGAUACCGGAGGCCAACGCUAGCUUCCUUAGCUUGACGACCUUUCAAUGGAUCAGCCCGCUUUUAACGCUCGGAUACGCUCGUCCAUUACAAGCCACCGACCUGUGGAAGCUGGACGAUAGCCAAUCCUGUGCUGUCAUCGCAGAGAGGAUCGUUGCAUCGCUCGACGCACAGCGCUCGCAAGCGGAAGGCCGUGGUAGCAAGGUUGUGCCUUCUAUUUGGCGGCGCUUAUGGUGGACGAUGUCGGGCAAUCGCCUCGACAGAGAGAACCAGUGGCGGGAGGAAGUCAACAAACAGAAGACCAGUCUACUUUGGGCGAUGAACGAUUCGGUGAGGUGGUUAUUUUGGUCGGGUGGCAUCGUCGGAUGUAUCGGAGAGACUGCACAGCUCCUGGAACCUCUGUUGCUGAAGAAACUCGUGAACUUCGUCGACACGUCUUAUUCAGCCCACCAUGCCGGCGAGCACCUGCCUUCCGUUGGUGUAGGCGUCGGUUAUGCCUUUGGUAUCCUCGGACUUCAAUUGCUCUCUUCGGUCUGCAUCAAUCACUACUUCCAUCGGAGCUCUGCUACGGGCGUCUUUCUUCGUGGUGGACUCAUCAAUGCGAUCUAUAAUCGGUCCCUGCAUCUCACGACUCGCGCUCGAGCAACGCUCCCGAACGGGAAACUUGUCAACCACAUCUCUACAGAUAUAUCCCGCAUUGACUACGCCUGCGGCCAGUUCCACUUCAUUUGGAUCUGUCUGGUCGUUCUCGUUGUCGGCAUCAUCCUCCUCGUAAUCAACCUUGGCCCGAGUGCGCUUGCGGGAGUUGCGUUCUUCCUGCUUAUCUCACCAUCACAAGCCUGGUUUAUGGAGGCUUACCUCGCAUUGCGCCGCAAGACGAUGGUCUGGACGGAUAAGCGCGCGAAGCUUCUUCACGAGGUGCUCUCUGGGAUGAAGAUCAUCAAGUUCUUUGCCUGGGAGGACGCACUGUUGGAGCGUAUCGCGGACUAUCGCACAAAGGAGAUGCACUACAUCAGUUACCUGCUCACGGUCCGUUCCGCCAAUGCAGCCCUAGGUGUUUCCGCUCCAACCAUCGCGACCGUGAUCACCUUCCUGGUCUACGUAGCAUCGGGUCAUAAGCUUGCUGCGGGCGAUGUCUUCUCCUCGCUCUCCCUCUUCGCACUACUACGAUUCCCCGUGGUUGUCAUUCCUCUCGCGCUUAGCGCAACGGCUGAUGCCUACAACGCCAUUAGUCGUCUUCAGGGCGUGUUCGAGGCUGAGCUCAAGACCGAAACCCUUGAAGUUGACCCCACAAUGAAGCACGCUGUCCAAGUUGAGAAUGCCUCUUUCAUAUGGGAUGCUCCUCCGUCUGGCGUCGAGGAUAAGACGGGCGAGAACAAGGAAGAAAUCUCCGACAAACGGUUCGAGAUCACGGGUGUCAACUUGGAGAUCUCGCGUGGCUCUCUUGUGGCAAUCGUGGGCCCUGUAGGCUCGGGGAAGACGUCUUUGUUGCAGGGUUUGAUUGGGGAGAUGCGCAGAACGGCCGGUUCGGUCAAGUUUGGCGGAGAACUGGCUUAUUGUGCGCAGGAUGCUUGGAUUCAGAACGCGACCAUCCGUGAUAACAUCUGCUUCGGCCGUCCGUUCGAAGAAGAACGUUACUGGAAAGCCGUCCAUGAUGCUUGUCUGGAUGCCGAUCUCGACGUACUGCCCGUUGGAGACUUCACUGAGGUCGGCGAAAAGGGCAUCUCAUUAUCCGGAGGUCAGAAGCAGCGUGUGAACAUCUGCCGCGCAAUAUACGCAGACGCUGCCGUCACCAUUUUUGACGACCCACUGUCGGCGCUUGACGCCCAUGUUGGAGAGUCGGUCUUCAAUAACAUUCUCGUCGGCGAACGUGGGGACAAAACUCGUAUCCUCGUCACGCAUGCGCUGCACUUCCUCUCCCAAGCGGACUACAUAUACUGCGUGAUCGAUGGGCGCAUCGUCGAGCAAGGAUCUUACGCGGGGCUGCUGGCCGCGAACGGUACCUUCGCGUCGCAUAUUGCGGAGUUCAUCUCGAAUGACAAGGAGGAUGACGAAGAUAAGAACGAGGAGGCCAUUGAGGAAGCGCCCGUCUCGGGAUCUCGGCCGGAAGACAAUAGACGCCAGCAGACAACGGAAAUCAAGGGUGAAGCGCUCCUGCAACAGGAGGAGCGCAGUACUGGGGCCGUAGCCUGGGACGUCUAUACGGCCUAUCUGAAGGCGGGAAAUGGUUUCAUCACCGUCCCCUUACUGCUGGGCACCUUUGUACUCAUGCAAGUCGCGACGGUCUUGUCGUCAUAUUGGUUGGUCUGGUGGGAGAAUGGAACAUGGGGAAAACCGCAAGGCUUCUACAUGGGGGUCUAUGCCGCAUUGGGAGUCGCUCUUGCCGUGACUGCUUUCAUCAAUGGCGUUGUUUUUGCAGCUCUCGUUUACUCUGCUUCUCGCAACCUUCACCGCGAUGCCAUCACACGCAUCAUGCAUGCACCUAUGAGUUUUUUUGAUCAGAACCCGCUAGGACGUAUCAUGAAUCGCCUCUCGAAAGACAUCGACACAAUGGACAACACUUUGUCAGAUACCGUACGCAUGUUCUUGACGACCAUGGCGAACAUCAUCGGCGCCAUGAUAUUGAUUGCGAUUGUGACCCCAUGGUUUCUCAUUGCGCUCGGUUGCGUUCUCAUCCUCUACGGUUUGACCGCCUUCUUCUACCGCCGAAGCGCGCGCGAGAUCAAGCGUUUGGACGCGAUCUUACGCUCAAGUCUUUACGCGCACUUCUCUGAGAGUCUCUCCGGUCUAUCGACGAUUCGCGCCUACAGGGAAGAGGAACGCUUUGCUGUAGACAACAAAAAACAUAUUGACAACGAGAACCGGGCUUAUUAG